GUCUGAUCUGGCAUGAGACAGGAUCCGGGCGCAAGUUUGCUGCAGGGCCUUGUUGAUGAAUGGCUGAUCCCGGGCCUUUAACAGGUCAUCUGCGUCGACGGGUGCUACUCGACAUCCACCACACCAGAGGGGCACGACCUGUACCGGUAAUGCAUCUUUGUCCUCUCUCCGUCGUGACCGCAUGGCGGCUGAGAUUUGACUCGCGCAAAUAAACUCACAUACCGCGCUGUGACCCGCGUCCACACUGCCAGGCCAAGCCCCAUACAGCUUCCCUUGCACAACAUCGCAUCGUGGUACCGCCAUGGAGGAUCGCACGCCCACUGGAGGCAGAGCCAAUCCACCGCCAGAGAACGCCCGCCAGAGCAGCGCAUAUGGCAGUGACAUGCCUACAUCGACGGCUACAAGUGCGGAGACGGCGCGCUGGCGAUCGCAAGCUGCCAUGCCGCCAACAGGCUAUGGGUCCAUCACCUCUGGCAUCGACCGUCGGCAGCAAAGUACCGGCACGUCUGACCAGGGAUCGUCGACUGCGAAACCGAAGAAGCCCUCGAUGAGCCGCCGCGCCACAUCGUCCAAGUUUCCACACAAGGGCCAGGAGUUCAGUGUUGAUGACGCUGAGGAGGAAGUGCAGCUCGAUCAAGCUCAGCUAGAGCAGCUGCUCAAGCAACAUCGGCAACCCCAGCCAUUACGCCGGAAACCGUCGACGGUCCGCCGCAAGACUGGCGCGCAACCAGCGACACUUACGACGAUAGAGUCGACCGAGGACGAUGAAAUCGAGCAAGAGCGUGCAGGCCCUCCAGUAGGGCAAGAGGCGGAGGUUCAACCUGGCUCAUCGGAGGAGGAAACCGUACGAGCAGAAGACGACGACGACGAGAGCGGCACUCCUGACGAGGACGACGACGAGGCCGAGCUCAGCGAUACCGAGAGCUUCACGCUACGGGACCGCCAGGACGCCAUCAACGUGACACACCCGUUCGGUAUCCGCAUCUGGAAGCCUGCCUUGUACAAGAAGGGACGCUCAGUGCAACGCAACGCAGAGGCCGACAUUCAUUCUUCGCCGGGCCUUUUCGUGAGCAGAUGGCUCGUCGUCUUCAACAUCGCUUGGACACUGGUCUUUGGCUGGUGGUUGGCCAUAAUCGCGGCUGGUGGUGGCCUUCUGUGUGCCGUGCUUGGAUUCGAUGAUAGCUGCCGGGAGUACUCACAUCUACUCCUUCAUCUCGCCGUCUACGUCUUCUAUCCGUUUGGCAAGUACGUCAAGCUGCUGCAAGACGAUGCAUACGUGGAAGAAGAUGAAGGCGAAGGCCGCAGCAUCAGCGAAUACGAGCAGUGGCAGAGCGGUGACAUUGAAGAAGGACGGCUCUUCUUUGGCCCCACGACUGGCACGAGCUCUCUUAUCGGCCGACGACGCAAUAGCGUAGACUCUUCUGGCGGCGAAACAACAAGUCUGCUUGGGCGAGACGGCCGGGCCAACAUCGUCCAGUCUGACACCGCGAAAACUAAGCGGAGGCUGUUUGGUCGUGGGAAAUGGAAUCUCGGCCGCGUCAUCUUCUUCGUCUACUUCUAUGGCAUCUUGACCCCAGCACUGUUCCUGGUCUCGGGACUGUGUUUCUUCCUCGUCUUCACAAUACCCAUGGGCAAAGUCACGCUACUCCUCUUCGACCAUCUACGACGUCACCCCUUGGCUUUGUCUUUCCACUCUGACAACGGUAAUGUCCGUCGUCCCGGCGAGUCUUCCUCGAUUCUACUAUGCACCUAUCGUGCAGUCGGUAUCAAAUACUGGAAAUACACAAUCGACGGCACCAAUAUCUUCCUCAUCAACCUCCUCGGUCUUGUAGCCUUCACCAUUUUCGACUACUGGGUUUUGGAUGAAGUGAUGGGUCUUAAGAUCUGGCUAACGGAUCAGUUCCUCCUUUUCACACUGGCGUUGUUAUCUAUCAUCCCUCUGGCGUACUUCAUUGGUCAAGCAGUCGCCUCCAUCUCUGCCCAGUCCUCCAUGGGUGUUGGCGCAACAAUCAACGCCUUCUUCUCGACAGUCGUCGAGGUCUUCCUGUACUGUGUGGCACUCAAGCAGGGCAAAGCACAGCUUGUCGAAGGUAGUAUUAUCGGCAGCAUUUUCGCAGGUAUCCUAUUCCUGCCAGGCUUGUCCAUGUGUUUUGGUGCCUUGAAGCGUAAGACUCAACGCUUCAACGUAAGGUCGGCCGGCGUGACGUCUACUAUGCUUUUGUUUGCUGUAAUUGGCGCAUUCGGGCCCACAUUGUUCUAUCAGGUCUAUGGAAGCCACGAACUCAACUGUCACUCAUGCAUUACCCACCAUAACCUUCCAUCAGAGAGAGACUGUCGGAGAUGUUACUAUUCACAGGUGCCAGCGCUGAACGAUCGCUUUUACAACGAGGCCGUGAAGCCAUACACGUGGUUUGCCGCUGCUCUGCUCUUCUGCUCCUACGUGAUUGGCUUGCUGUUCACCCUGCGAACACAUGCGGCAACAAUCUGGACUAGCGAACCCGAGGAGAAAGAAAAGAAGCCUAUGGAAAUGAGUGCGAGCGGUCUCAGCAACAGCGGGCAUCUAGACUUUCCUCAUUCAUCGUUUGUCAGACAAGCGACGGGUCAGUCUGUGUCGCGUGCACAUAUACGGGACAGUCAGCUAUACAAGCGCAUCGUUGGUCAGACCCUGCACGAAGUCGGCCUUGGUCAUGAGGAUACGCACUCGGAGAACCCCCGUCCGAGCUCGAAAUCAGAUGGACAGACUCCACACAUGGUACCGCCCAAGGAUGGGGACACGCGAUUGCACCAUGCCUUCCACGUUGAAGGCCUCACAGAUGACGCUGCCGAGUCACUCGCACGACAAAUUACCGAGAUUGCCGCAACGACGACAGCUUUAGCAACGCGUGAUGUCACAAGAGACCCGCGCAAAGCUGCUCACCGUGUAAACACACCGAGUAAAGGACAUGCUGAGCGUCCGGCCAAUACGCGAACUACGACUGAGGCCCCAGAGGAACCGGAGACGGCCCCCGGUCACACGUCAGGGGGACACGACGCGCCCAACUGGAGUCGGCAGAAGAGUGCUGCGAUUCUUCUAUCGGCGACGAUUGCCUAUGCCAUCAUCGCUGAGAUCCUAGUCAACACAGUCGAUGCAGUCCUAGACGGCUCAGAUAUUGACGAGAAGUUCCUCGGCAUCACACUGUUCGCCCUGGUGCCCAACACGACCGAGUUCCUCAACGCCAUAUCCUUCGCCAUGAACGGUAACAUUGCAUUGUCCAUGGAGAUUGGAUCCGCAUACGCCCUGCAAGUCUGUCUUCUCCAGAUCCCAGCUCUGGUCUUCUAUAGUGCAGUACAUGCAUCGUACAUUCCGGCUCGGGAAGUCGCCCAUCAAACCUUUACCCUCAUCUUCCCCCAGUGGGACAUGAUUACGGUCAUCCUUUGCGUCUUCCUCCUCUCCUACAUGUACGGGGAGGGGAAGAGCAACUACUUCAAAGGCUCGAUUCUCAUCCUAUCGUAUCUGGUUGUCAUUGCUGGCUUCUAUCUCUCCGGCUUCAACAUGGACUACGAGAGGAUGGGUGUCGAUCCAAACGAUACACUAGCGCUUGGGGGUCUAAUGGAGCAGUCAAUGACAUUCAAGACGGCUGGAAGGGGCCGAAGUGGUGCCGCUUACUGACGAAGUGACGCUGUGUAGGGGUUGUAGAGCUGGCGGAGGUGGUUCAAUGAUAAUAUUAGCUCGAUCCAGCAUUAUGCUGAACUGCAUUGGUGUAUAGGAUUGGCAUACAGAGCUCAUAGCGCAGGCGUCCGGUCUUGGUUGUUUUGUUUCUUUCCCACAGCAAGUCUAGUAUUGCAGCAUCGGUAUCUGUCACAAAUAAAGCACAGUACCAUAUCAAUAGGCUUUGUGUUCCCGUGCUAGUGACGAGGGCUUGCUUUUUGUGCAUGUGGUCUUGGAAACGCGGGGUAAGAUUGGGGAAGGCCGAAGUGCGAUUGAUUCUCUAGUUUGCAUCCACGGUGCCAUUCCACAGUAGCAACAAGAUGUACAGUGUC